CUCUGGGUUCUGACGGUUGAUCGACGGGUUUGAGUCUGUGUAAACCAACUUUGUUCUUCAGUAGUGUGUCUGCGAGGCUCAGUGUGAGAAUGAAGGUCCUUGCCCUGCUGGUGUGUGUGUGGUGUUUGGGCUGGAGGACAAACGCUGAGUCCAAAUCGUAUGUGAUAACGGCUCCUCUCUCGCUUCACCUGGACGCCGUGGAAACUGUGUUUGUGCAGCUGUUUGGUUACACCUCUGAGGUUCCUGUUUACGUGUUCUUGAGGACAUCCAUGGCGGUGAACAACAAGGUUCUGUUCCAGGAUGUUGUGAGACUGAAUAGUCUGAAUGGCUAUCAGGGCGUCGCCAACGUGAGGCUGUUCCCGAAUAAGUUGGGUAAGGAUGUGAACCAGGUGGUUCUUCACGUGCAAACAUCUGAUAUCAACCAGCACCAGCCGAUCCCCAUCAGCCGGACCAAUGGCUUCCUGUUCAUCCAAACUGACAAACCGCUAUACACUCCAAAUCAAAAAGUCAAAGUGAGGGCCUUCUCCAUGAACCAGGAACUGAGACCAGCCAAUCGCAGUGUCUUCCUGACCUUCAAGGAUCCAGAGCAGGUCCCUGUGGACGUGGUGGAAAUGAUCGACGUGAACAAUGGAAUACCAUCCAUGCAGAACCCGUUUAAAAUCCCCGUCAAACCAAAGUUAGGGAUCUGGACAAUUGAAGCUGCAUACUCAGAUGACUUCAACACAAAAGCAACAACGGAUUUCGAAGUCAAAGAAUACGUUCUUCCCAGCUUCUCCAUUCUGAUGAACCCACAGACCAACCACAUCAGCUUCAGUGAGUUUAGGCGCUUCACCUUCAGGAUCUCUGCCAGAUAUCUUCACGGUGCUCCAGUGACUGAGGGGUUGGUGUACCUACGAUAUGGUUAUGUUCGUGGGACAGGGGCUCCGGUCAUCAUUCCUAAGUCAUUCAGCCAAGAGAGACUGUCGCAGACAGGGGAAGUGGACGUGACCGUUGACAUGCAGAAGGUUCUUCAGAAGCACGAUGGACCCAAAGACAUCAGCAGCCUGGUGGGGAGUUAUCUGUACAUAGCAGUGUUGGUGAAGGAGGACACGGGUGGCAUCACCCAGGAGGCAGAGUUUGCGUCAGUAAAGUUCGUCAGGUCACCGUACCACCUGAGCCUGAUAUCCACUCCUCCAUUCAUCAAACCUGGACUUCCUUAUAACAUCAAGGUGUUGGUGAAGGAUCACCUGGACAAGCCGAUGAGCAAGGUUUCAGUGCAGCUGACAGAGAAACAGCUUGUAAUGAAUGGAGGGUCGACCGUGGACAUGUCCUGCCAGGGCAGUGGUGACAGCUCAUCUGAUGGACUGGUGUAUUUCAUCUGCCACCCUCUAAAGAAUUCAGCCAGAGCAGUGUUGAAGUUUCAGACAGCAGACCCCACCCUCCCAUCAUCUAGUCAGGCCAGUCUCACACUGGAACCAGUGGCCUAUCAAUCCCCAAACCAGCGCUACCUCUACAUCGAUACACCGAUGUUUGGCCGAAGCCUUGAGGUGGGGAGAUACACGAACAUCCAUGUGUACACGGCCACGCCCUCCUACCUGAACAUUAGAACUCUCAACUACCUGGUGCUUUCCAAAGGAAAGGUGGUCUAUUUCAGAACUUUGAAUUUUGUCAACACCUCUGACAACAAGCAGACUCUAAACUUCCAGGUGACAUCCUCCAUGGUGCCGUCCAUCCGGCUGCUGGUCUACUAUGUCCUGCAUGGAGAGGGGACCACCGAGCUGGUGGCUGACUCUGUAUGGAUGGAUGUCAAAGACAAGUGUCUCAACGGACUCCAGAUGGAUGUUUCUUUACGUUCAGAAACCCAUAAACCAAAGGACAACGUUAACCUGGACAUCAGAGCCAAUCAGGAUGGUCUGGUGGCCCUCUCUGCUGUAGACUCCGCCCUUUUCACCCUACGACCCUACUACAAAGAUCCUGUUUUCACAGUUCUACGGCACAUCGAGAAGACUGACCAGGGCUGUGGAGGGGGCGGUGGCAAAAACAAUGCAGAUGUCUUUCGAUUGGCCGGCCUUACCUUCAUGACCAAUGCCAAUGCCCAUCCAUUAUCCAGCACUGAACCUUGCACGGCAGUGGUGCGUCCCAAACGUGCUUUAAGUCAAGAAGAAAUAAACAACAAAGCCAGAAGGUAUGGUCGCUUCAAAACGUGCUGUGAGAGGGGGAUGGACUACAUCCCAAAGAGUGUUACCUGCGAAAGGUAUGCCCAGCAGCGUUUAAGGAGUAAGCCACCGGCUGAUUGCAUUAAGGCCUUCAGAGAGUGCUGUGAGUUCUUCCAGCAGAGUCAGGAUCAGAAUGAUGUAAUGGUGCUGGCACGUACUGCACUGGGAGCAAACUUUGACCUUGCGCCCAUGGUACGAAGCUACUUUCCAGAGAGCUGGUUGUGGGAAGUGCAGCGCACAAGCUCAGGCCAGCUGCCCAUCAGAAAGUCCCUUCCAGACUCUUUGACCACCUGGCAGAUUAAAGCUGUUGGAAUGUUCCAGAAUGGCAUGUGUGUCGCAGAUCCUGUGGAGGUGUCGGUCAAUCUCCCACUCAGCGUUGAUGUCCCGCUGCCCUACCAGGUGGUACGAGGAGAACAAGUGGAACUGCGAGGCUCUGUGUAUAACCAGAAGGAGGACAGCAUCACGUACUGUGUGACACUGACGGCGGGUCCGGCACUCUGCCUGCUGCAAUCCCACCCAGUUAAUGACGCGGGGCUACACUCUACCACCUGCACUUUUCGCCACCUCCUUGCAGGCGGGGUGGGUGUGGUGAACUUCACUGUGCUGGGCCUGGAGCCUGGAGAACACACUCUUACCUUCACCCUGAAGACACGGGCAGGAGUUGCAGACGUGGUGGAGAAGUUGCUGCGUGUGGUGCCUGAAGGAGUCAGACAGGAGGUGAAUUUUGGGGGGAUCCUUGACCCACAGGGACUCUAUGGUUCAGAGAAGAGGACAGUUGUGCUGAAGAACCGGCUGCCAGAGAACAUCGUACCCAAGUCAGAUGUGGAGAGGCUGCUGACCAUCAACGGGGAGCUUCCGGGCGACGUUGCGACUGUGCUUCUGAAUCCUGAAGACCUCAAACAACUCAUCAGCCUUCCACCUGGGUCGGCAGAAGCAGAGCUUCAGGGGCUCCUCCCCCUAAUCCAGGUAUACCAGUACCUUGAGACCACGGGUAGCUGGGACGUUCUGGGAGGAGAUGUUGGGAAGAUGUCAGGCGAUUUGAGACAGAAGAUCAAAGAGGGUCUGGUUGCCAUCAGCUCCUUCAGGAAUGGAGACUCCAGCUACAGCAUGUGGAUAAAGAGUGAACCCAGCACAAUAGUGACUGCAGAAAUGAUCCGAGCCCUCUCCAUGGCAGACGCCUUCGUUUCUGUGGACCAUCAGUCCCUCUCAGAUUCUGUCGGCUGGUUGAUCCGCAGGACGCAGAAGGAGGACGGCUCUUUCGCAGAGAAGUCCUCCAGCAGACUCAUUCAAAUCCUGGGUGGAGGAGAGGAGGAGGUGGAGCAAUCGGUGUUUGUGACAUCUGUGGCUCUUAUUGCCUUACACCGAGCUACGAGCAUCAGAGACCAGAUUCUGCGGCUCAGAUCUCAUGAGGCCAGCAAGCAGUCGGCAGCUAACUACAUUUCCCAGCAUGCCCUGAGCGUGAGGAGUGUGUAUGUGCGUGCACUGGCGACCUACGCUCUAACUCUUCAGGAUUCCAACAGCGAGGAGGUCUCACAGCUGAUCACCAGCCUGGAGGGACUCGCCCGGCAGAAAGGUAACCCAGUCACACUCAGGUACUGGCAGGAGUCGAGUGUGACGACUGAUUGGCUGAAGCCAGACAAAUCCAGUGGUCAGACGGUGGAGACCACGGCGUACGUCCUGUUGACCAUGCUGCUGAAGGCGCGGAUCUCGUACGCCAACCCCAUCCUGGCCUGGCUGACUCAGGAUCAGCACUACGGAGGAGGGUUCUUCUCUAUAAAGGACGCCGUUCUGACUCUGGAGGCGUUGACACUGUACAAAAGUGUCAUGACACGAUCCGUCCUCAACCAGGAUAUAAACAUCCGCUACAAAGUGAAAGGACCCCUGGGAAGGGUCAGCCUGAGCCAGACGCGACCUGUGGCCACGCCCAUCCAGGUCACAAAAAAUGAUGACAUCACAGUGACCACAGGUUAUGGGAGGGGGGUGUCCAGUGUGAAGCUGAAGACGGUUUUCUAUCAGACCACGGCGUCCACGCAGCCCAGGUGUAACUUUGAUCUCACCAUCGAGGUGGUCGGGCCCAGCGUCUCUGACAAUCCCAGCAUGAAGGCUCCUCACCUGGUUGCCUGUGUCAAGUACAGACCUCCUCCCAAUGAGGUAGCCACCGAGUCCUCUCUGGCAGUCAUGAAGAUCCAGCUUCCAACUGGUGUGGAGCCCUACCUGGAGGACCUGAGACAGUUCAGAGACGACGAGGAGUCUCUCGUCUCCCACUACGAGCUUCAGGGAAGCACCGUGAUCAUCCAGAUGGACUGGGUUCCAUCUCAAGUUUUUGUGUGUAUCGGUUUUCGGGUCAGAACCGGGUUCAAGGUGGUUGGAGCCACUGAGUCCUGGAUAAGUGUUACUGAGCCGCAGGAAAAAGGCAGUUUGUGCUCCAAACAGUUCUCUUCUGAGCAGCAGAAGCUGCAGCGCCUCUGUGUGGACCACCAGUGUCAGUGCAUGACCGCUGCAUGUGCGUCCUACAGAGGAACCACCACCAACACGCUGACUUUAGAAAAGCGGAUCGAGGAAAUCUGCAAAGAGCAAAUCAAGUUUGCCUACAAGCUGACGGUGACGUCCUCAGCAGCAGAGGGAGACUUUAUGACCUACACAGCCACCGUGGAUCAAGUCCUGAGGCCCAGUAACGAGUUUGAAGCGGUGAGUUCAGGUACUGAGGUGGACCUGGUAAAGAAGGCCACCUGCAGCAGCGUGGACCUCCAUGACAACAGGCAGUACCUGGUGAUGGGGUCCAGCGGGUCAGAGGUCACCCACAACAACGGCUUCAGGUCAGUGCCUCCAUGGUCUGUAGAUGUCCUCGUUUCUCGUGGAGCUGACGGGUUCUGGUCUAUCUCAGGUACCGGUUUCCUCUGGACUCUGAUGCCCUGGUGGAGCUCUGGCCUACGUGUAGCUCUCCAGAGUGUGAGGACCACAUUUCCCAGAUGGCGGAAUUAGCUCUGCAGAUGCAGCUUGUUGGCUGCAGCAGCUAGAACCCGACAUAACCGUUUGAUUUACAGUUAAGCUGAGGAUGAAAUGUUUUGGUAUUAAUAAAAAUGCAUAAAUAGAAUAAAUGAUUUCAUCGUGAUAAAGGA